UGCCCUCGCGUCUCGGGCUGAGCACCAUGGCGGCGCCGCUGCGCGGACGGCUGCUGGUGCUGGGAGGCUGCGGGCUGCUGCUGGGAUCGGCGCUGGCCGCACGCGACGAGCGGCUCUACACGGCGGCGGUGAUGCCCGCGCUCCGGGCGCUGCCUCCCGAGGCCGCCCACGGCCUGGCCUUACGCGCCGCCGCCCUCGGGUUGCUGCCCUCCGCCCGUCCCGACGGCCCCGCGCUGGAGGUGCGAGUCCUUGGGCAGCGAUUCCGCAACCCAUUGGGCCUGGCUGCUGGCUUUGACAAGCAAUGUGAGGCUGUGGACGGGCUGUACAAGAUGGGCUUUGGCUUUGUGGAAGUGGGGACUGUGACCCCCAAGCCCCAGGAAGGGAACCCCGAGCCCAGAGUCUUCCGGCUGGCAGAGGACGAGGCGGUCAUCAACAGGUAUGGAUUCAACAGCCAUGGCCACGUCGUGGUGGAGCGCAGGCUGCGAGCCCGCCAGGAGACACAGAAGAGGCUCACUGGUGCUGGGAUGCCUCUUGGAGUCAACCUGGGCAAGAACAAGAACUCUACUGAUGCUGCAGCUGACUAUGUGGCUGGGGUUCGGACACUGGGCCCUUUGGCUGACUACCUUGUUGUGAACGUGUCCAGCCCGAACACCCCAGGGCUGCGGGACCUGCAGGGCAAGGCUGAGCUGCGGGACCUGCUAAGCAAGGUGCUGGUGGAGAGGGACCUGCUGCCCUGUAAGCAUAAGCCAGCCGUGCUGGUGAAGAUUGCCCCUGACCUCACUGCACAGGACAAGCAGGACAUCGCCAGCGUUGUCUGUGAGCUAGGUGUGGAUGGGCUGAUAGUGAGCAACACCACUGUGAGCCGGCCCAGCAGCCUCCGGAGCAGGCAGCGCACAGAGCCUGGGGGCCUCAGUGGGAAGCCCCUGCGGGAGCUCUCCACACAGACCAUCAGGGAGAUGUACGCUCUCACUCAAGGCCGGGUGCCCAUUAUUGGCGUGGGUGGGGUGAGCAGCGGACAGGAUGCCCUGGAGAAGAUCCGUGCUGGAGCCUCACUUGUGCAGCUGUACACCGCACUGGUGUACCACGGGCCACCAGUGGUGGGGGCAGUGAAGCGGGAACUGGAGGAGCUGCUGAGGGAGCAGGGCUUCAAGAAUGUCAUGGAGGCAGUUGGAGCAGAUCACCGCUGCAGACAUGCUGCAGAAUGAAGGUCCAUCUGGGAGGAGCCAUGGCAGAGCAGGCAUGGGUGUGACAAUUCCAGUGCUGGGCAGACUGAAACUGAGAUGAAGUCCUGGUUCCAGCCCCUAGGAAGGAUCUGAUGAGUGAAGCAGAGGCUGCACUGGUGGGCAGCAGGGGACAGGGCCUUCACAACAGUGCUGCUUUUUCAGGGCUGUGUUGUGGCUUCCCUGUGGACAGCAGAACUGAGUGUCAAUAAACAUUUGGCUCACCUGG